AUGGCGGCACCUCCGGCGUCCAAUUUUGGACCCGAACCGUCUCAAUACUCCACAGAAUUCGGCCCGUCUCAAAUGGGGUUCAUGUCUGGUGAAAGUGGCGCCGCUGCUGAAAGCACCAACACCGGAGAAAGCAACUUCGUUCCCCGCCCCAAGCGCAUCGCAUGUGUUGUCUGUCGGAGGAGGAAACUGAGGUGUGAUGGGAGACGACCUAGCUGUGGGACUUGCUCACGUCUGGGGCAUGAAUGCUCUUACGAUGAAGUGCGCAAGAAGAGUGGUCCCAAGCGGGGAUAUGUCAAGCAGCUUGAAGCGCGAUUAGGUACGAAGCCGUUGAAAACACUGGUCACAACUGCUCUAUUGGCAGUGAGUUCAGCCGUAUCGCUAAUGAUCAUUAUCGAAUCAGCUCAAGUAGAGACUCUUCUCAAAGGCCAGGAUCCGGAACCCACCCAACGAACCUCCCCACCUCAACCCCUGGAGAAUACAUUCACAGCACCUAUAGCCGAUGAAUCUAUAUUAGAUUUGCCUGACCUCUCGGACUUGGGAGAGCUGAGGGGUAUUGGAGGUAACAUGGAUAGCUCGUUUUCACCUCCUACUGGCCCCAGCGCAGGCCAACCAAGUCAAAUGUUGUAUCCUCCGCCGCCAACUACCCAGCGGGGCGGCAACUCUCAAUGGGACUUGAUAAGUCUAGGACUGGAGGAGCCCCUUCCUUCACAGGAUGUGAUUGAUGAUCUGGAUGCUUUAUUUUUUGAGAAGAUCUAUCCAAUGAUGCCCAUCAUCCACCGCCCCCGUUACUAUGCAGCCCUGAAUCUCCCCCCUAAUAUGCGACCCCCGAUCUGCCUGCGUUACAUCAUGUGGUGCAAUGCCGCAUCCCUCAGUGACAAAUACUAUUUUCUACAUAAUCAUUUCUACCAACGGGCACGCAAAUAUGCUGAGGUGGACGAAAUGAAAGGAUUCGGAGAGAACAUUGUUAGUCUAGCACAUUGUCAAACAUGGAUUUUUAUCGGCAUAUAUGAAUUCCGAAUGAUCUUCUUCCCGCGAGCUUGGCUGAGCGUGGGCAAAGCUGCAAGACUUGCACUGAUGCUGGGGUUGAAUCGGCUUGAUGGUGUUGGCCUUGACGUCAAGCAAUCCAUUUUGCCACCAAAAGAUUGGACAGAGCGUGAAGAACGUAGGAGAGUCUUCUGGGGCGCAUUUGCCACAGACAGAUAUUCGAGUGUUGGAACUGGUUGGCCUAUUCUCAUUGAUGAGAACGAUAUCAUGACCAACCUCCCCGCAUCCGAAGAAUCGUUUACCAAGAGCAAGCCACAACGAACGCUUCAUCUAAACGAAAUCAUCACCGGAGAUGGUGUCUCUACAUUAGCCCCUUUUGCAUGUGUGAUGGUUUUGGCAAGUCUUUUCGGUCGUAACCUCGUACACAUUCAUCGGCCUCAGCCACAAGACAACGAUCAUGACCUCAAUGGAGAGUUUUGGAAGCGCCACAGAAGUCAUGACAAUAUUCUUCUUCACAUUUCGCUCUCGUUGCCUGAUCACCUUCGAUUUCCAAGUGGUAUGUCGGACGUGAACGUCAUCUUCGCCAACAUGAGCAUACAUGCUUCUACCAUAUGCCUUCACCAAGCGGCAAUUUUCAAGGCCGAAAAGAACAGGAUGCCGAUGCAGAUUACGACCGAAAGCAAGCGCAGAUGCCUUGUCGCCGCGAACCAGAUUUCGAGCACCAUGAAGAUGAUCAGCCACGUAGAUUUGACGAGCUUAAAUCCUUUCAUGUCCUUUUGUCUUUACAUUGCUGCUCGUGUCUUUGUGCAGUAUCUAAAAUCCCGACCAGAGGAUUCGAGUGUUCAUUCCUCGUUGCAAUUUCUCGUCUCCGCUCUGAACGCCAUGAAGAACAAAAACCCUCUGACUGAGUCCUUCCUUGUUCAAUUGGAUGUUGAUCUUGAUGGAACUGGUAUUCGCGCUUUAGACGAUAGGCAAAAAGCCAACAUGUCUGCUGCACAUUCGAUGGUACAAGCACGCUGCCACGAUAAUGUAGACUGUACUCCUAUCUACAACAUCCGCCAAACACAAGGGAUGGCGAAGGAGGUUUCUCCACAGUACUCUAUCAAUCGCGGUAGCAAUCAACAGCCUGUGACUACUGGUUUAACGGCGACCCUCCCUAACCGAAAUAGGGACUCAACGACACAGCCAACUGCAGGACCAGUCUUUAAUGAUGACGACACGCGUCUUCUCUUCGGAAGUUCUACUCAGCUGACAGGUUCACAAAUGGAACAAGCAGGACAACCAGGGGCCAUUAUCGACAUGGACUUGGACUUUCCACCUGAUCUUGGCAACCUCGGCGACAGAAACAACCCACCAUCAGACCACCCCACCCCUUCAACCCUGAAUUCAUCCUCCAACACCUCCUAUUCGAUUAACGGUCCCGACGCCCCAUCGCCCGGAAACAAGAAUCAAAAAACAAGUUCUGUGUAUUCAAGUCAGGGGUCGGGCCCGUCCUUUGACAAGGCCAAUCCAAAUAUCAUGCCACAAGGAAGCACUAACCCGCAAGUCACUGUUUUGGGCUCUAUAGCUGGUCGUUUCUAUCCAAACAGCUCCGAUAACCCAUCAGUCGGCACCGGAGCGUCGGGAAUCUUUUCCAUGCCCUCUGCGUGGGACCUUCCAACCCCAAAUCCUGGAACGGGCAAUGAGGAAUUUGGCGGUCUGAACAUGGAGACUUUCAGUGAAUCUCAAUGGACUCAGCUGUUGAAUACUCAAAUCCCGAAUGAAAAUGGGACCAACGCUGUCUGGGAGAACUGGCGGCAAUCUUGA